UUUAAGCGGGUGCUCUGCUCGUUGCCUUUAUGAGGUCUGAUUCCUAAGGUGGAACGCAGGGAUUACACACUGCCGGCGUUUCCCCGGUCCCGCCCGCCGCUAUGGCGGCUCGUCCGCUCGGGAGGAUGCUCGGGAGGAUGCUCGGGAGGAUGCUCGGGAGCCGCCGCCUGCUGCUGCUGCUGCGCUCGCCGCUGCCGAGCGCCCUGGCUGCGCACCGAGGCACAGACACAGGUUCCCUCACUAAACGAGCUGAAGCAGCUGCUGCUACAGACUGGAAAAAAAAAUUGACUCCAGAGCAAUUCUAUGUUACACGAGAAAAAGGAACUGAACCGCCAUUCAGUGGAAUCUAUCUGAAUAACACGGAAUCAGGGAUAUACUGCUGUGUGUGCUGCAAUGCCCCCCUCUUCAGCUCAGAGAAGAAGUACAAUUCUGGGACUGGAUGGCCAUCAUUUUCUGAGGCUUAUGGUACUUGUGGCAGAGAUGAAAGUAAUACAAAUAUCAUGAGACGACCAGAUAACUCACUGGGGUCAACUAGAACAGAAGUCGUCUGCAAACAGUGUGAUGCCCAUCUAGGCCAUGUGUUUGAUGAUGGACCCACACCUUCUGGGCAGAGGUUCUGUAUCAAUAGCGUCUCAUUAAACUUCAAACCAGGCUCUGGUCAAUGAGAAGUGGCUCUCUCCAAUUCGCAAACAUUUUUUCUCUGCUUGUAUACCACGCUUGUGAAAAACUCUCAUGCCUUUAUUAUAUAACUCAAAAUUUAGGAUUUAUGCUAUUAUAGCUUUGUUUUCUACCUCUUAUCAUUGUUGAUAAAAUGCAUAUUUCUGUUGUAACACUUUGGCAGUCUGUCUUUCCAUGGUUAGUGUGGUGUGUUGAUCUGCUUACUAUAUUUUUUAAUUUUAAAAAAAUCUAUGCAAUAGUUCACAUUCACAGCUAUCAUCAUUAACUCUAUUGAGGCUGCUGAAGUGAGGUGCUCUCCUGAACCUGACUGCCUAUUCUGAGCAGUAGUUGUGGCACUCAGGAACACAGACACACGUGGCUGAUCAUGGCAAAGCUUAUGCUUCUGUAAAAUCAUCAUAUCCUUCUAAAGGAAAGCAAAAAUAACAUGAAUCUUCAAAUAAGGUCUGGGGGAUUUUUUCCCCCUGAUGUGAGAGACCUUUAGCUGAGCCAAGUGACUUUUCUGUGAACCCAUAAAAGCAAAGUCCUGAAGGAGGACCUAAUUAAAACUAUUUCAGGCAAUGGAACCAGUGGAGACAUGGAGUCUUUCUUCUUUUAAAUCAAUUAUUUUGAUUCUGUGUCCAAUAGCAGAGUUGAAAUAGGGUUUGCUCCAGAAACUUCUCUUACAGCAAUUAUAUGAUAAUAAUGUAAUGAUAUGUGUAAUAUUUUCAGACUUCUGUUAUCACUUGUGUAUUUCAGAAUCUAAAAAUAAAAAUAAAUAUGAAAUAUACUGCAUUUGGAGGAAAUAAAUCAGCAUCAAAAACCAGGCUUGGUAAAGUCUUGCUUUUGAUGCCUUGUCUGUCCUUCCUUGUACAAGUUUGUAAAUACUUCUGCAUUCUCCCAAGCAUUGUCAUUACAGUUUGCCUUAACAGCAAAAUAAAUCCUAUGUCUGUUAAAUUGA